UUCACUAAAACGCUAAUGUAGGAUUAUUUCAUGAUAAUGUAUAGGACAAUUACGGCUGAAUGUGAUGUCUGUGAUAUCCUCAGUCACCCGGGUCAUGUUAUCCAGAGAGUUUGUGCAUAAGCAUCUGAACGACUUCUUUGAGUUUGAAGAUGUGAAACACGAAACGUCCUCAAACUAAAAUAAGUGCAAUGAUGCACAGACAUACUCAUGAAUGGCGUGAUGUUUUCCAUGUGUGUUACACUCUUUUUUGGGGGAAAACAUUGGGGGAAAGCCAAUGCAAGUCAGUUGGUGGUGUUGGGGGAAGAAUAAACGAAAGAUAAGGACCUGUAGACUAGCGUUGUUCACGCGCAACAUGCCGAAAACGUGUUGUGUUGCCGGCUGUUCAAAUAAUAUAGCCAAACAGCCGUGGCUGAAGCAUGGACUGUGUUCAUUUAGGCAAGCCCAUGUAGCAUGUAAGUUAAUGAGACAUUCGGUUUGAUUUCCCCCAUAAAGGGGCGUAACGCACAUUUACGAGCAAAGUACCUGGAUGGCCGAUCAUGCGUAUAGCCUACUCUGGGCCCAUAUUGAACAUAUGAUGGACAAAGGCAAUGAACAAAGCUAAAAGCCUAUAAAAAAUAGUGUACCUAAUUAUACUGGAUUUGAAAAAUCUCAAAUCACAAAUACACAUUAUUUAAUUGAUCAACAACAAAUAAUAUUUUGACUAUCUCUGGAUACAGCUCUUGUAUUGAAGGCCUGAUAGCAUAUUCAACCUGUGAACAAAGAUCUGAGCAUAGUAAGUAUAGUAAUUAGGGUAAGUCCUAUGUGCACCUCAGCGUUAGAACUGGUGUGACAGGAUUGUUAUCCUCUGGAUCAAAGGUAUUCACUAUACCCUUUUUUUGUUUACAGGAAGCUGACUAGAGCCACUUCUACAUUUUCUCUUGUCAUCGAGCAUCCAAGGAACCUAAAUGGCCUACGUGACAAGUGGCACGUCGUCUCCCUUGCGCUUCCUGGUUCAGAAGAAGAUCCAAAUCAGGCUCGGGCCACCAGUAUGCUACCGCCUGCCGACGGAGAAGAGGUACCUGGACGAGAACCCCAUGGUGCGGCGGUGGACGUUUGGCGAGAGGGAUCCCCGCAAACUGAACAAGACCGUCCUGCUGGUGGGGGAGACGGGCACGGGCAAGACCAGCGUCAUCAACACCCUCAUCAACCACCUGCUGGGCAUCAAGUGGGAGGACAAGGUAUGGUUCGACAUCACGGAAGAGGUAGAGGUGAAGCUUUCCGAGACCAAGACAACCAACAUCACCGUGUAUGAGGUCUUCGUGGAAGAGAAUCCCAUCUGUCUGACCAUCAUUGACACUCCCGGCUAUGGAUACACGAGGGGCAUGGAAUUCGACCUUCUGAUCGCAGAGAACCUGAACAAGCUUUUCAGAUCUGAGGACGAGGUGCGGGGCAUCGACGCCAUAGCCCUUGUAGUGAAGUCGACCCAGAACCGCCUCACUGCCUCGCAGCGCUACUUCUUUGACGCCAUCCUGUCCCUCUUCGGCAAGGACCUGGAGAAGAACGUGGUGGUCUUCGUCACGCACUCGGACGGGAAGCCGCCCAAAAACGUGCUGGCCUCCAUCUCUGAGUGCAACGUCACCUGCGCCAAGAACCAGCAGAACCAACCCGUGCACUUCCUGUUCGACAACUGCCAGUCCGACCUCAACAAGGAGUUCGAAGGCCUCCACAAGUCAGCCUGGUCCCUGGGCAUGCACAGUGUCGACCAGUUCUACGACUUCCUGAAGACGGUGGACAAGAAGAAUCUCCGGUCUACCCGCGGGGUGCUGCGGGAACGCAAGCAGCUGGAGCUGUGCAUGGGCAACCUGGACGACAGGAUCAAUGCCAUCCGCCUCAAGGAGAGCGAGAUUGCCGACAUCGAGGCGGACAUGGCGCGUAACCGCCAGGACCUGGGCCAUUGCGAGAGGUUUCAGGUUGAGGUGGACGAGCCCUACCGAGAGAAGGUCGACACCGACCCCAAGAACCCCAAGAAGGGGAAGAAGGUGACCUCGUGCGACACGUGCCAGGAGAAUUGCCACAUCCCCAAGUGCUCGGGCAGGCUGGCGGGCUGCAAGGCCAUGGUCAAGAAGUACUGCACUGUGUGCACGGGCAAGUGCCACUACACCAAGCACAAGCAGGAGGCCAAGAUGUGGGUGCAGAGGUCGCGCAAGGUCAUCAGGGUCAACGAGGAGCUCAAGGCCAAGUACGAGGAGGAGUACCGAGAGAAGGAGGAGCUAAAGAGCCAGGCGGCAGCAGAGUUGGAGGGCCUGGAGGCGGAGAAGGCCCAGCUGAUCGAGGAGGCCUACCAGAUCAUCAUCACCCUGGAACGCAUCGCCCUGAAGGGGGACGCCCUCUCCAUGUUGCUGCACCUGGACUUCCUGAUCGCCAACCUGCAGGACAGCGGCGACCAGGAGAAGGCCCAGUCUCUGCAGGAGCUCAAGACCAUUGAGGAGGCCAACGACGGGGCCAUGGUCUACCUCAGCUGCUUACGGUACAAAUUGCUUUUUGUCUUGUACCUCAGGGCGGGUUUGGGCAGGGCAGGCGCUGCCCAGGGGGCACCUAAGCAGGAAGGGGCCCAGGACACGGGGGCACCUGAGCCGAAGAAACAGGACCACUCCUUCAAGGUUACAGAGAAUCCGUCACAGAUCAAGGCUACAAGGCCUUACGAGACCGUCAGCGCUGCCCGUAUGAAGGCUGGGACGCUGGAGGCUUUGGCCCAGAUGAAGGCCAAGCCGUACGAGACCAUGAGCGCCGCCAAGAUGAAGCCGGUGCAGACCCUCACGCAGAGCAAACUCAACAAGAUCAUGGCCCGACUGGACCAGGAGAGUAUCUCCAAGUGAACCUUGCAAGUAAAGACACUGGUGUUUACAGUGAAGUGCGUGCGGGCGUAUGAACGUAACUUGGUUGGACUCGGAGGGUAUCUCAAAGUGAACCUUGCAGCUACUGUACUGUUCAUGUACUGUGAAUGUGUGACAGAAUCGUGUGUGUGUGUGUGCAUGCGUACGUACGUACGUGCGUGUGUGUGUGUGGGUGUGUGUGCGUGCAUGUGUGAGGUGUGCACGUGUGUGUGACCAUGGUUUAGUUGCAGCUGCAGUACAGUAUAGGGCUGAUGCUGAAUGGUCACAGACAAGAAGACUGGCACUGAAUGUGUGACCAGACUGGACCAGGAGAGCAUCUCUCCAAGUGACCCUCGCACCUUGCAGUCAUGAGGAACAACUAUCUCAAGCACGUUCAGAUCCAAACAAGUGGUGCUUCAAGGGAGGUUCUCUUAACCCCUGUAGUUCCUGCUGAGAAACAGACAUGUCUCAAAAUCUGCCACGUGCCAUGUGUUCCUACAUAUCAAACACGUUAAAGUACUUUGAGCUCCAGGAUUGCACUAUAUGCUGUGUUAUAAUAGAGAGGAAAAUAUCUACACAAGUUUAUCUAUUAGCACUAAUACAUACAAUGUUAAUGCUUGCAUAAGUACCAAAUGUUUGAUUUUGCUUUGUACAUGCCUUACAAGUUACGUAUACAGGAACAUUGUAUGUAUUAGUGCUAAUAGAUAUAUCCCUAAAAUAAAGUAUCACCAAGUUUUCUUUGUAGUUUCACAGUUUUUAUUUAUGUUUUAGUCAUAAGUACAUAUAAUCCGUCUAAUGAACUGAGUUAUGUGCAAAUAUUUUGUAAGAGUUAGGCCUACUAUUGUUAUUAUAUAAUGAAGGUGCCUGAUAUCACACCAGGCCUAGGACAGUGCAAGGCAACAUGCCAAGCAACACUAAUUAUCUGGUAAACAGUUUUAAUAACACUGAAACAUAUUUUGUUUGUCUGAUUGUUUUUUGUUUUUUUAUUGGUUGGUUGUUUUUUGUCAGGUGUAGAGUAUUUCUUGCUUUCUGUCCUGGUGUUGUUACAGAUGUAGCAGGUGAAUGAAGAACAAAAAGAUACUCAGAUGCUGCUCUUCAAGCCGCGUGCGUGUGCGUGUGCGUGUGCGUGUGUGUGUGUGUGUGUGUUUGUGUGUGUGUGU